AUGGCCGUGGCGCUGCGGUACUUGUGGCCUCUCCUCCUCCUUUGCAGCCCCUGCCUGCUCAUCCAGAUUCCUGAUGAAUAUGAAGGACAGCAUGUGAUGGAGCCACCUGUCAUUACGGAACAGUCUCCACGGCGCCUGGUUGUCUUCCCCACAGAAGAGAUCAGCCUGAAGUGUGAGGCCAGUGGCAAGCCUGAAGUACAGUUCCGCUGGACCCGGGAUGGCAUCCACUUCAAACCCAAAGAGGAACCAGAUGUGACCGUGAAGCAGGCACCCCACUCGGGCUCCUUCACCAUCACUAGCAACACCACCAACUUUGCCCAGAGGUUCCAGGGCACCUAUCGUUGCUUCGCCAGCAAUGCCCUGGGCACCGCCAUGUCCCACGAGAUCCAGCUCAUGGCGGAGGGUGCUCCCAAGUGGCCAAAGGAGACAGUGAAACCUGUUGAGGUAGAGGAAGGGGAGUCGGUGAUUCUGCCUUGCCACCCUCCACCCAGUGCAGAGCCUCUGCGGAUCUACUGGAUGAACAGCAAGAUCAUGCACAUCACACAGGACGAGAGGGUGACAAUGGGCCAGAAUGGCAACCUCUACUUCGCCAACGUGCUCAUCAAGGACAAGCACUCAGACUACAUCUGCCAUGCCCACUUCCUUGGCACGCGGACAAUCAUUCAAAAGGAACCCAUCGACCUCCGGGUCAAAGCCACCAACAGCAUGAUUGACAGGAAGCCGCGCCUGCUCUUCCCCACCAACGCCAGCAGCCACCUGGUGGCCUUGCAGGGGCAACCACUGGUCCUGGAGUGCAUCGCCGAGGGCUACCCCACGCCCACCAUCAAGUGGCUGCGUCCGAGCGGCCCCAUGCCAGCCGACCGAGUCACCUACCAGAACCACAACAAGACUCUGCACCUGCUGAACGUGGGCGAGGAGGAUGAUGGCGAGUACCGUUGCCUGGCUGAGAAUGCCCUGGGCAGUGACCGGCAUGCCUACUAUGUCACCGUGGAAGCUGCCCCAUACUGGCUGCAUAAGCCCCAGAGCCGUCUCUAUGGGCCAGGGGAGACUGCCCGCCUGGACUGCCAAGUGCAGGGCAGGCCCGAACCAGAGGUCUCCUGGAGAAUCAACGGCUUCCCCGUGGAGGAGCUGGGCAAGGACCAGAAGUACCGGAUCCAGCAUGGAGCCCUGAUCCUGAGCAACUUGCAGCCCAGCGACACGAUGGUGACCCAGUGCGAGGCCCGCAACCGGCACGGGCUCCUGCUGGCCAAUGCCUACAUCUAUGUUGUCCAGCUGCCGGCCAAGAUCCUGACCCCAGACAAUGAGACCUACUUGGCAGUCGAGGGCAGCACUGCCUACCUUCUGUGCAAGGUCUUUGGAGCCCCCGUGCCCAGCGUCCAGUGGCUGGACAAGGAAGGAAAGACGGUGUUACAAGACGAACGCUUCUUCCCCUACACCAACGGGACCCUGGGCAUUCGAGACCUCCAGGCCAACGACACAGGACACUAUUUCUGCCAGGCUGCCAACGACCAAAACAAUGUAACCAUCGUGGCGAACCUGCAGGUCAAAGAUGCCACUCGGAUCACACAGGGGCCCCAGAGCACGAUCAAGAAGAAAGGCUCAAGGGUGACAUUCACCUGCCAGGCCACCUUUGACCUCUCCUUGCAGCAGAGCAUCACCUGGCGUAGAGAUGGUCGCAGCCUGCAGGAGCUUGGGGACAGUGACAAGUACUUCAUAGAGGACGGGCACCUGGUCAUCCACAGCCUGGACUACAGUGACCAGGGCAACUACAGCUGCGUGGCCAGCACCAAGCUGGAUGUGGUGGAAAGCAGGGCGCAGCUCCAGGUGGUGGGGAGCCCCGGGCCGGUGCCGCAGCUGGAGCUGUCUGAUCGUCACCUGCUGAAGCAAAGCCAGGUGCGCCUGUCCUGGAGCCCGGCUGACGACCACAACGCCCCCAUUGAGAAGUAUGACAUUGAAUUUGAAGACAAGGAGAUGGCUCCUGAGAAAUGGUACAGUCUGGGCAAGGUGCCUGGCAACCAGACCUCCACCACCCUCAAGUUGUCACCCUAUGUCCACUACACCUUUAGAGUGACUGCCAUCAACAAAUAUGGUCCUGGCGAGCCCAGUCCGGCCUCUGAGACUGUGGUUACACCUGAGGCAGCCCCAGAGAAGAACCCCGUGGACGUGAAGGGGGAAGGGAACGAGACCAACAAUAUGGUCAUCACUUGGAAGCCACUCAGGUGGAUGGACUGGAACGCCCCUCAGGUUCAGUACCGCGUCCAGUGGCGCCCUCAGGGGACGCGAGGGGCCUGGCAGGAACAGAUCGUGAACGACCCCUUCUUGGUGGUGUCCAACACCUCCACUUUUGUGCCCUAUGAGAUCAAGGUCCAGGCCAUCAACAGCCAGGGCAAGGGCCCCGAGCCCCAGGUCACCAUUGGCUACUCGGGGGAAGACUAUCCCCAGGCAAAACCCAAGCUGGAAGACAUCAAAAUUCUUAACGCGAGCGCUGUGCUGGUCAAAUGGUGGCCCGUGGAUCCAGCCCAGGUCAAGGGCCACCUCCGAGGAUACAAUUUGACGUACUGGUUGGAGGGCAGUCCGAGGAGGCACAGCAAGAGGCACAUCCACAAAAGCCACAUGGUGGUACCUGCCAACACCACCAGCACCGUCCUGGAUGGCCUGCGGCCCUACAGCUCCUAUCGCCUGGAGUUGCGGGCUUUUAACAGCCGGGGCUUGGGACCUGCCAGCGAGACGACCUUCAGCACCCCAGAGGGAGUGCCUGGCCCCCCGGAGGCAUUGCACCUGGAGUGCCAGUCUGACACCAGCCUCCUGCUGCGCUGGCAGCCUCCGUUCAGCCACAAUGGCGUGCUCACUGGCUACGUGCUGUCCUUCUUGCCACUGGGGGACGGGGGCGAGGAGCAGUUGUCCUUCAACCUCUCGGACCCCGAGCUGCGGUCAUACAACCUGACCAACCUCAGCCCGCACCUGCAGUACCGCUUCCACCUGCAGGCCACCACGAAGCAGGGCCCUGGGGAGGCCAUUACGCGGGAAGGAGGCACCAUGGCCUUAACUGGGACCCCAGAUUUCGUCGGCCUCUCGGCCAUAGCCGGCGAUAAUUACAGCGUGGUCUCCUGGGUCCCCAAGGAGGGCCAGUGCAACUUUGGCUUCCAGAUCGUGUUCAAAACCCGGGGCGAUGAGAAAAUGGAUGCCUAUAUCCCGCCGCAGUAUGUCAAUUACAACCAAAGGUCCUACACGCAGUGGGACCUGCAGCCAGGUACUGACUACGAGAUCCAGCUGCUCAAGGAGACACCCAAGGAGACGGUGCUUCUGGGCCAGAUAGCUGUGAAGACCAACGGCACUGGCCGAAUCAGACUUCCUCCUCCUGGUUUUGCCACUGAGGGCUGGUUCAUCGGCUUCGUCAGCGCCAUCAUCCUCUUGCUUCUCAUCUUGCUCAUCCUCUGCUUUAUCAAGCGCAGCAAGGGUGGCAAGUACUCAGUAAAAGACAAAGAGGACACCCAGGUGGACUCUGAGGCCCGGCCGAUGAAGGAUGAGACCUUCGGCGAGUACAGCGACAACGAGGAGAAGGCCUUCAACAGCAGCCAGCCAUCCCUCAAUGGAGACAUCAAGCCCCUGGGCAGUGAUGACAGCCUGGCUGACUACGGCGGCAGCGUGGACGUCCAGUUCAACGAGGAUGGCUCCUUCAUCGGCCAGUACAGCGGCAAGAAGGAGAAGGAGGCGGCAGGAGGCAAUGACAGCUCAGGGGCUGCCUCCCCCAUCAACCCCACCGGGCCCCUGGAGUAG